ACACUAAAAACAUGAAGUGAAUUAGUAUUAAUUAGUACUAUAUUAAUAAACAUUCAGCUGCAUAAACAUGCACAACCCAAAAUGACGUUUCUUUUUUUGUGAGGCCUAGUCUUGUGUCUUGGUUGAAAUUAACAGCGAAAGGGACAGAGUUUAGCUCGCAGUAGCUGCAAUGCCUCCCAYUCUCCGGUUCACUCCAUCUCCAUGAUUUCCGUGGGAAGCGCCGCGGAGCUAUGGCAGACUUUCAGGAACUGAGGAAGCGUCAGAAACGACCCACCGAGAAGUAUUAACUUCUCACUUUUCUCGCGUUUCCCAACUCUGAUUCACACUACUCGCACUCGAAUUUGUCGAUUUAUCGCCUCGUUCAGCUUGUUUAACUCAGGAAACCGUGUGUUUUCUGGGGCUGUUGCGAUGGCCGGUGGCGGCGGGGUGUCGCCGCUGGGGCUAGCGCCUCCGUUGUGGUAUCACCGGGACCUGAGUCGAGCUGCUGCCGAGGAACUGCUGGCCCGAGCGGGACGAGACGGGAGUUUCCUGGUUCGGGACAGCGAAAGUGUUAACGGGGCGUACGCYUUGUGUGUGCUGUUUCAGAAGCAUGUCCACACCUAUAGGGUUCUCCCAGAUGAAGAGGGAUUCUUGGCAGUCCAGCGCCCCUGCUGCUAACGGCCUGAGCACCAUUUCCCAUGAGUAUCUGAAGGGAAGCUACGCUCUGGACCUGCAGGCUGUCAAACAGGGAGCCAGCUCUCUGCCCCACCUCAACAAGACACUGGUGUCCUCCUGCAAACGCCUCAACGGGGAGGUGGAUAAGGUUCUGUCUGGGCUGGAGAUCCUGUCCAAGGUGUUUGACCAACAGAGUGCCUUCAUGGUUUCCAAGAUGAUACAGCAGUCGGUGAAUCAGGGUGGAGAUCAGGAGUUGGAGAAUCUGGUCACUAAACUGGCUAUCCUCAAAGACCUACUGUCUUCUAUAGAGAAGAAGGCUCUGAAGGCCGUACAGGAUUUGAGUGUGUCCACUCUCUCCUCUCUUCCUCCUCUCACACGCCACAGCAAAACCAUCCCCGUACAGGCCUUUGAGGUGAAGUUGGAUGUGUACCUGGCAGACCUGACUAAGAUAGGGAAGAGUCAGAAGCACAGUCUGUCUGUGGACGUGGAGGGAGGGAAGCUAGUGGUGAUGAAGAAGAUGAAGGACAACCAGGAGGACUGGAACACCUUCACACACCACAAGAUCCGUCAGCUGAUCAAGUCUCAACGUGUUCAGAACAAGCUGGGCAUCGUGUUUGAGAAGGACAAGGAGAAGAGCCAGAGGAGAUUCAUCUUCGCCAGUGCUAAGAAGCGGGAGGCAUUUUGUCAGCUGCUGCAGCUGAUGAAGAACAAACAUUCCAACCAGGACGAACCAGACAUGAUCUCCAUCUUUAUAGGGACCUGGAACAUGGGUUCUGUGCUCCCCAAGGCGGUGGGUUCCUGGCUGUUGUGUCGUGGGCUGGGCAAGACGCUGGAUGAGAUGACCGUAACUAUUCCUCAUGACCUCUACGUGUUCGGAACGCAGGAGAACUCUGUGUGUGACCGUGAGUGGGUCGACUCACUCCGCACCGCACUCAAAGAGCACACAGAGUUGGAUUACAACCGGUGAGAGAGAGGGAAUGGGGCUCUGAUCGCGGUCCAGACUCUGUGGAACAUUAAGAUAGCGGUGCUGGUGAAACCAGAACAUGAAAACCGCAUCAGUCAUGUGGGAGUGUCCAGUGUUAAAACGGGUAUUGCUAAUACGCUGGGUAACAAAGGGGCAGUGGGCGUGUCUUUCAUGUUUAAUGGAACUUCCUUCGGCUUUGUGAACUGUCAUCUGACAUCAGGCAACGAAAGAUUGGCAGGUACGCACACGAGGAACCAGAACUACCUGGAUAUCCUGCGGCUGCUCUCUCUAGGAGAUAAACAGCUGAGCUCCUUUGACAUCUCUCUACGCUUCACACACCUCUUCUGGCUGGGAGACCUCAACUACAGGCUGGACAUGGACAUACAGGAGAUCCUGAACUACAUCAACAGGAAAGAGUUUGAUCCUCUGCUGAAGGUGGACCAGCUCAACCUGGAGAGAGAGAAGAACAAGGUGUUCCUGCGCUUCGCGGAGGAGGAGAUAUCCUACCCACCCACCUACCGUUAUGAACGCGGGUCUAGGGAUACAUACGUGUGGCAGAAACAGAAGGCCACAGGGAUGAGGACUAACGUCCCGUCUUGGUGUGACAGGAUCCUCUGGAAGUCUUACCCUGAGACUCACAUUGUCUGUAACUCCUAUGGUGAGACGCUGCAUCUUCAACAACUCUGUACAACAAAGGGUCUGUUCUGGAAUGGGUGGCCAAUAUCCAGGAAGAGUGUUGGAACCUGCCUGGAGGAGUUCAAGAAGAGUUAUGAGAAUGACAGUCAGAGCAGUGACAACGUCAACUUCCUGCGUGUGGGCUGGUCCAAUAAGCAGCUGACCACGCUGAAGCCCCUCCUCUCUGGAGAAUAUCUCCAGGACCAACACCUGCUGCUCACCGUCAAGUCACUGGAUGGAUACGAGUCUUAUGGAGAGUGUGUGGUGGCUCUGAAGUCGAUGAUAGGCAGUACAGCACAGCAGUUCCAUACCUACCUGUCCCACAGAGGGGAGGAGACGGGCAACAUCAGAGGUUCUAUGAGGGUCCGCGUGCCUGCAGAGAGGAUGGGCACCAGGGAGAGGCUCUAUGAGUGGAUCAGUGUGGAUAAAGAUGAGACAGGACCCAAAGGCAGAUCCACCCUGCCCCCCCGAUCAGGACACGACUACGUCAAGCCGUCUUUGACACAAAAACAUGUGGGGGCGGUGCUUGGGAAGGUGAGCGAGGAGGGAGAGAGGAGUACCAAAGAGGAGGUGACUGCAGCCAGUCCUCAGUGACAUCACAGAGGAGGACCUGGAGGAGGCGGGCGUUCUAGAUCCCGCCCACAAAAGGAUUCUGCUGGAGAGCCUGAGACAGCAGAAGCAGCAGAAGUGAGCUGAACCGGUCCAUGCUGAGCUGAGACGUGCUAAUCCAUACCAGACUGUGCCUUCUGAGAGAAAUUGCACUCCAUUAUACUUUCUGUUGACCAACAGAUUUUUCGAACGUCCUUUUUUAGAUGUAUUGUACUGUGUAAGUGUCUUUAUGUUAAUGUAACUGUGGCUGUUGUGUUAGCCAGCCUUAUUUAAACAGUAGAAACAUUUCAGUCCUUUGUUAAGAAUCAAAACAUGGACCUCUACCCUGCCACCCGCAUAACAGACCCCAUUCCUCUCACCCCGCCCCUUUCCUCUCACCCCGCCCCUUUCCUCUCACCCCGCCCCUUUCCUCGUCCUGAGAAACCAUUCUGCUCCUGGGAUGUAGAAGACAUUCAGUGACAUCAUCAGGCUGCGACUUCUUCAGGCUUGCCUCAGCUAGAAAAACAGCUUGGUAGAACUGAGUUUAUUAUUGUUUUUAUUCCGCUCAUGAAUAUGAUUAUUGUUGACUAUCUGUUCAUUGGUUCAGUGUUUUUUUUUUUUUUUGUGUGUUUUAUGUUUUUGAGAUAAAGGGAAUGUAGCGAACCACAGCAACACUGAGACCUUCCUCUAUCAGUUUAACUGAACCUUUUGUUGAGCCGUGCUGGGCUCCAAGGCCCCUUUCAGUAGCACAGACUGCAGUACCCAUCAUGCAGUUGUCCAUGUACUAAUUAGUGUUUAAUUGAUGCUGAGCCAGCCUAAACACAGUGGGUCCCCAGGAUCCUUACUGAGAAACACUGCCACACAUCACACGCUGCUGGUUGUUCUUUUCACCACAUGGUGGUGCUGUUGUCCUGKCAACCUCAGUAGGACCACAGGUAAGAAACUGAAGACACACCAAGUGAUAUAAAGGACUGUUUUUAACAUUAUACAUUAACAUUCAUGAAGUUGUUUUAUAUAAAUGUAUAUGUUGACGUUAUUUGACUGUUGUAAAAAAAAAAAAUGACUGUGUUGCACAAUGAGAGGAAACAGGAGAAAUGUGAGUGAAUGUCGUGUUAAUCUGAUGUUAUCACCUUUAGCCCUAUAGCAUAGUGGCCCCUCCCAUCCCGUUUCCUAUACCCCCCCU